UCCGCUAAAAAUAAUUGAAUCAUUCUCACCCCUCCCUCAAAAUUAGAAUAUUAAUAAGCCCCUCUCUUCUUCCUUCUAUUUCUGUCUUCAAAUCCAUUUCCUUCUUUCUCUCUUUCUCUGUCCAUUUAAUUGAACCCGUUAAAAAGCAUAAUUAGCAUUUAAAUCUCUCCAACACUGUCUCCCCCCUCCCUCUCUCUACAUGUCUCUGUCGCUAAGGCAACCAAUGCUUUUUCCCACUCCCUCUACAUCUCCCCUCUCGCUCUGUCUCUUUCCCUCACUCCCUUCUUCUGCAGCGAGAGGUAGGCAUGUUAACCGCUAUCUUUCUCUGUAUAUGUGUGUGUGCGCGUGUGUGCGUGUGUGUGCACGUGCGUGCUUUACGGGUCCGUGUGUGUGGCAGCCUCCAGCGCUGAGAUCAAUGUCUGUCUGGGAGUGAGAGGGUCUUUGUGGGGAACCCGUCUCGCAUGUGUGCCUAUUCUCAGCCCGAUGCUUACAGGUGUGUGUCUGUGUGAGCGAUGUGCGCGAGAGAGCGUGUGCAUUAAAUUCAGUGCUCGUUUCGUCUGGACCUUAUCGCCUGCUCUGUGAGUGCUCUCCUUUGUGUGUGUGUGUGUGUGUGUGUGUGUGUGUGUUUGUUCACUAUGCUUCUCUGUCAGAGUCUGUUUACAUCCUCCGUGUCGGUCAGUCUCAAGUGUAAGAAAAGACUUCUCUUCCCUCCUCUCUCUUUCAAGAAAGAUGAGCGUAGGAGCAGGGGUGCUGUGAACAGCUGAAGCGAUGGAGAGAUGCUCCAUCUCUCCUGUUACCCGACUGGCCGCCCUGUGCUGCCUGCUGGUCGCCGCGACGACCCGCCCCGCGUCGUGCGACGGGGGCCAACGGAAGGCGGACGGAGGCGAGAGCGAAGGGCGCCGGGUGGGAGACCCGCGGAUCGACACGCACCCGCCGCAGCCGUCCGUCACAACCCAGGCCACGCCCACCCCCCUCUGGGCGGUCAUCUGGGGGCCAACGCACCCCGUUGAGGACGAGACCCUUCAUUUCCUGUCUGGCCAGGAAGCGGGAGACUUCCAGCGCCCGACGACCGAGUCCUGGCAACUUCUCCAGAACCCCCCGACCACCAAGACCCAGCAGCUCUUACUGGGGGAGAGGAAAAAAGAGGGGGAGGAGGAUGAAGAAGGAGAGGCCGAGAGCGACGGAGAUGAAGUUGAUCCACAGUUCUAUGUCACAGUGACCAUCUCCUCUCUGUUGAUUCUGACAGCUGUCAUCAUAACCGCAAAGCUCUGCUACGACCGCAGCUGCUCCCGGCACCCGCCCCCCCUGUCCCGCGGCGGGGCCCCCCCCCUGUCGCUCUCCCUCCCUCGCGCCCUGGCUCCGGAGGACAGCAGGCAGGUGCUGCACAGCACCCCUUCCUUCACAGACGGGGAGAGAAUACCCGUGGUGAAUCUCUAAAGGCGACUGUUCUUAAUUGAUUUCUGCUGGAUAUGGACAUGUCUCUGUGUUACAAGUUGUAACCGUUAUUCUCCCCCCCCCCCACCACCUGUGAAUCACAGGGCCACGGUUCAGUCAAUUACCACUUUCACGGUGGAGUUUAAACUCAACGCCACCUCUUUUCUUCAGGCCGUCGCCGGCAACACCUUCAUUAUUUCAGAUUUACACAGGUAUACAUAGAUUUAUAUAGUUAUAUUGCCAUGUACUUUGGACUAAACUGUUAGGACUUGUGUGUACUCUGCUUGAUAUUCUGUACAAGUUCACAGCACAACGGCACAGUUAACGAACCGACCCUGGGUCUUCAGUGCUUCCUGCUAGUUCCUUUUACGACGGCGGGCGGAGCCUCCUCUGCAGUCCGGCUGUAGAGCUGCCCACUCUGUAAACACGUGCCUGACGAUACCUCUGAAGUCAUUCCACCUGUAAAGGGUACAAGCCUAGCCUUCCCCAGACCAUUUCAUCGCGCCUUAACGCUGUACUAUCAUGUGUGAUCAGUGCUUUUAACAACGUGAUGUGUCCCGUUAAAAAUCAAACCAUGAAAACCCAAUAAAAAAAUUUUAACAAAAAGUUAAAA